AUGGCUGCUAUCUACGUGGUGUUCAUGAUCUUGUCGGGUCUUGCACUUGAAUUCCUCCGCUACGAGACCCCCGAAAAUUUCGACGUGUCCGAGAAGCCCAUCAAGGACGAAACCUACACGAGGAUGGAGACGCCCAAGAACAACAUAUCAGCGGCGACGGAGGACUGCGUUGUGGGAUUUCAGUCGACCGCUCAGGAGAAGAACUUCGUGCCAGUGACCAUGGCUUUACAAGACCUUCACUACUUCGUGCUGGAUCCCCACAACCCCAAGGAAUCUCUCGAGCUGCUAAAGAAGAUCAACGGGUUUGCUGUGCCCGGGUCCAUCACGGCUCUCAUGGGCUCGUCGGGUGCAGGCAAGACGACGCUAAUGAACGUGAUCGCAGGACCGAACGACCUCGCCAUCCGUCGGUGCACGGGCUACUGUGAGCAGAUGGACGUGCGCUCGAAGGCUGCUACGAUCCGCGAGGCGUUGACGUUCAGCUCGUUCCUCCGCCAGGAUGCCUCGAUCUCGGACGACAAGAAGUACGACUCGGUCAACGAGUAUAUUGAGCUCUUGAGUUUGGAGGACAUCGCGGACCAGAUCAUCCGCGGCAGCUCAGUCGAGCAGAUGAAGUGCUUGACUAUCGGCGUGGAGCUCGCUGCUCAGCUAAGUAUCAUCUUCCUGGACGAGCCUACCAGUGGACUGGACGCUCGAUCGGCGAAGCUCAUUAUGGACGGUGUUCGCAAGGUGGCGGACUCGGGACGUACCAUCAUUUGCACGAUCCACCAGCUGUCAGCCGAAGUGUUCUACUUGUUCGAUAGUCUGCUGCUGCUGAAGCGUGGAGGCGAGACGGUGUUCUACGGAGACUUGGGCCGCGAUUGCUACGACUUCGUGAACUACUUCAGCGGCAGUGCACUGGGUGAGGCUCUGCACAACAACCUCGCCAAGGAAGGCAUCACCACGCCCUCCUCGGACCUACCAGAGAUGAUCUUCGCCGACAAACGUGCAGACAACUCGGCGACGCAGAUGAAGUUUGUCGUGACCCGAUUCAUCCAGAUGUACUGGCGAACUCCGAGCUACAACCUCAUGCGCAUGAUCCUCGCUGUGCUCCUCGCACUGGUCAUCGGUCUCGUGUUUAUCGACGCUGACUACGCGUCGUACACGGGUCUCAACUCGGGUGUUAGAAUGGUCUACAUGGGUGCUCUCUUUUAA